CACUUUUUAACGCAUAUACCGCAACCUAUACAGAGGAACUCGGAGAUGAAAGCGAUCUUGUCUGUCGGCUUGACCUCUAUACAGAGCUUGCCUGCGCCGCGUCAGUACGACCAUCGCAACCUAUCCGGGGAUCAACGUACCCAUCUUGACGACUGGACAUGA